UUGACUAGACGUGGGCGUGUCCAGAGACGUGACGAAGUCGAGAAAAGUUUCACUUCAUGCAAAUUCGGAGCAACUUGGUGCAGCGACUACCAAUGGGAGUGAAGACAAUAGAGCGCACGUGAUCUGUGGUCCGCCAUGCUGCCUGCGAGUCCAAAUAGUUUUGAGGACCCAGACGGUCCGGCGCUUGUGCAGAGAGCGCACACUGCUUCUCCUUCAUCUCGUAGGAUAUGAUUAUAUAUACACGGGUGCAUUUUAUAUACAAACGCUCUCCCAGCAAAACCGGUUUUGUUGUCGAAGGUGGAACAGGAUAAGAUGAUAAGAUGAUAUUGAUGCCCCGUAGGGGAAAUUCAAACUGUAGGAUGAGUGACGUCAAAGAAAGAAAGAAAGGAAAUCAUUUCCAUAAAAUACCUAUACAAUAGAAAUAACAGAAACUAUAAAACACAUCUGUGUGUAUGUACAUACGCUGGAGUUCUAUUGGUAAAUGUACAUGCGCAGUAUCGCCAGUAUUUAUAUACACGUGCAGGAUCUGUGAAUCUGUGAAUGCUAGUCGCGCAACCCAUUGAUAAAUGUUACUAUGGCAACCAGUAGUAGGAAUGCCUACUGGUGAAAUCAUAAUACAGCGACUGGUGACUUGCAGUGAUAAAAUUGCUGUAUGUGUGAACGUACCUUUAGAGAUCUUCUAGAAAGCAGUCAACGUCUGAAACCCCAUGAGGCUCAAAGUUAUCGGAAGAAGGCAUUGUGGGUAUCAUGGGUGUCCAUCGUGGUGACGCUGAUCCUCGCCAUCGCUGCAUUCACUGUUUCAACGAUGAGAAGCAGUGCCUCCGCUUUUGGCUUCGCUUUUGACGCCACACUAGACGUGCUGAGCUCCAUCAUCGUGCUGUGGCGUUACAGAAACGCAGCGGCUGUGCACUCUGCCCACAGAGAGUACAUAGCUUGUGUGGUUUUGGGAGUGGUGUUUAUCCUGUCUGGGCUAACCAUCCUGAUUAAGGCCGCCCAUGCUCUCGCCACCAAAGUGCUCCCUGAAGUGGAUGACUUCCUCUACAGCGUGUCGGUGCUCAGCGGCCUGGUGUGCUCAAUUCUGGCUGUGCUAAAGUGCAUGCUGGGUAAAGUGCUGACCAGCAGGGCACUCAUCACUGACGGCUUUAACUCAUUGGUGGGCGGAGUUAUGGGUUUCUCCAUCCUCAUCAGUGCUGAAGUGUUUAAGCACAACCCGAAGGUUUGGUAUUUGGACGGCGCCAUUGGUGUACUGAUUGGACUCAUCAUCCUGGCUUAUGGCGUCAAGCUCCUGAUCGACAUGGUCCCUCGAGUGAGACAGACCAGACACUACGAGCGCUUCGAGUAGGAUCAACAGCGCACAGUGGAGACUGGACUCGAUCUGCAUACACCCACACACACUUUGAAGAGACUCUCGCAAGGAAGGGAAACACUCACCUACGCACAAACACUCCCAUACAUAUAACAAAUACACACACAUACAGAAUGCACAGUGAGUCACAGCAACCUCUCAUCCUCGCCAAUAUAACCCCUGCUCUUUGAAGACUCUCUGAGGAAGACAAGGAUGAAGUAGAACAAGAACAGGAACAAACCUCCUGAAGAUAUGAAACUGGGUCAAGGAAGCGUUCUUCAUGGGCGUGUUCACGUGGUGCAAAGCCACUGCAGCUGAUCUCGAUAACGUUUAAAAAGGACACCGCCUGUCUUAACAAUACCGAGCUACUGAGUGUGUGUACAUGUGUAUUUAUCAUUCGUCAAGAUGACAACGCAAUGAAAAUGCACCUGCUCUUAUACACUCAUUACCUGUGGCUGGGAGUAUCAGAGACUGGAGUGUCUGGAGAGAAAUGAAAAGAAGAAGAAGAAGAGCGAAAGAGAAAGAGAGAUGGUACCUCGGACACAAAACUAUAUUUAGCAUUCAUUCAUCUUCCGCAGCAUCCGUGUGUGCUCCUCGAGCGACAAACGACGAAGCAGCUGCCACGCCGUUAUCGUAACUCGAAUCCCGCCUCAUCUGGACAUUUUUCUUCCUUAAAUGUGAUUACAGGGUGUGGAUUCCUUCGCCAUAUGGACGUCUACCUCUUUACAAGCCCGCCAACUGCAAGAUAAUCACAUCCUGCAGCUUGUACACUGAAAACGGACAGAUACGAUCGAGUAUCCAAAGUAGAAUAGAAAAACGUUCUACAGGUACAAGAAGCACACUCGUACACAGCCGGAACAUCCGAGAGCUUGAACAUCGCAGAGAGAUUAGCACAACGUUAUUAAAUCUUAACAGUGUACAUAACACGCUCAUGUAGUUACGACGACAUUGUUCUGAAGGUCAGCGUUUUCAUUUUCAAUGGUUAUGUAUAAUUAUAAAAUGUUUAUUGUAGAUCUAAUGGUAGUAUAGUGAACAUUGGAAUUUGAUCAAUAUGCUAAGUGACUAAUGUAAAUGAUCUUGUUUAGCUAUGAUAAUUCGCCGAUGUUAGGUGACGUGGCUGGCGUACACGUUAGAAUGGUGCCGUCAUGUGUUACACUCGAUUAUUUCGAAGUAUUGUUCGUUUACAUAAAUAUUUAUAUGAAUGGGAGUGUGUACGGUGAUUAGCACAACUCUGCUUACAGCUCUGGUUUCACGUUCCAAAGUCGACAGUUCAGUGAAACGUCGUCGGUACCUUACUGUGUGAUGUGGAAAUUAGCCAGGUGUUCUGAGAAAACGUGUUACUAGUGAAUAAAUUGCUGGUCAAGUCACAAAGGUACAAACGUAUGAUUGUACAUAUUUCCCUACAGUAUAUUUGUUUCGUUUCAUGAGUAUUAACCCCUCGAAUGAACCCUCGUGAUCGGACUUACUUUCCUCUCAUAACAAGGCAAGGGUGAAUCAGGGGCAUAAACUGUUUUUUGGAAGUACUUUAGGGUAUCCACUUUUUCAUUAAUAAGCAGAAAACCCUUCGGGUUGUUUUUCCCCCCUCACAAUCUUCACUUUCUUUCUGGUUUCCCAGACGUUUUAUUAAGAGUAGCCUUCGCUUUUCCAUUCCGAAAUCACAGCUAGUUCUGGCUAGUCUAGCUAGCAUUAGGCUUGUGUAAUUUAUGUAACACUCACUCUCACACGCUUUUACUUACUUAAAAUCAUCAAAUCACCUCAUAAACGCUAAUUCCAGCAAGUCUCACUUACUUACGUAGCACUGCCAUUUCACGGUCCUUUUUAUUUGUAUUAUUUAUUAAUGUUAAUUCACUCACACCUCAUGAAUGCUAAUUCGAGCUAGUCUAGUUAGAGGCUAGUGUUCAGCUAAUGUAAUAUUUUUCAUCACACAAGGUUUAAACAGUUAAUAACAUUAUUUUAUUUAUUUAGUUCUAGCUAGGAACUAGCAUUACACUUAUGUGACUUUCGUAACACUGACAUGUCAUGGUGCUUUUAGAGAUUUAUUAAGCGUAACGUCCUUGUAUCAAUUCACUUUCACGCUUGAUCACGUCACCUCAUGAACAUCUAUUCUAGCUCGUUAGAGACUAGCACUCGGCGUAUGUAACUUAUAAAACACUCGUUUCACACUUCUUUCAGAGGGAAAUGUAGGAUUUUCUUCUUCUUCUUUUCAAUUUGCCUUUACUUUUUCCAUCCUCAAUCGUCAUUAAAAAUCCCUCAUUAAACACUAAUUCUCAUUAAAGCUAGUCUACAGGUUAGUUUUAGUGUUAUGUCGCUUAUCUCACAUUUCCUGGUCCUUUUAGAGACUCAUUGAGCGAAGUAUAAUUAAACCUCCCUAAGAAUGCUACUUCUAGCUAGUCUAGCUAGGAGCUAGCUUUUGGCUCAUGUAGAUUAUGUAUCAUCAAAUCUCCUCAUGAAUGCUAAUUCUAGCUAGCUACAUUCUACUGUACAUCAAGCUGAACUCUUUCAAGCUGACCACACAGUCUGAAAUCACAUCAAACUUAGAGUCUGGUAAACUACACUACAACGCCAGUGGGUGUUUUUUUUUUUUUUUUUUACUACAAUUUAUUUAUA